AAGAGGUUCCGGGGGUGCCCUGCGCUGGAGGCAACGGAAUGGAGCCCGGGAGCGGGGAUGCGGGCGGGAGCUGCGGCCCGACGCUGACCUCCUCCUGGGAGGCGGCGCGCGGGCUCCUGACGCGGAGCCUCCAUGUCACCCGGAACGGCCUCGGCGCCCACGACCCCGACUGGGAGGAGCUGCUGGCGCCGCCCGCCGCGGGCCGGGAGCUCGUGAGUCUCAAGAGCAGCCGCAGUCCUCCGGAUGAAAAGCCCUGCUUCCUUCACCUGCGGUGUGCGCCGAAUGGAGGCGAAGAAAUCCUUUCGAUUGGCAUUCUGAGUUCGGCAAGAAAUAUGGAAGUCUACUUGGAGGAGGAGUAUGGUGGAACCAGUAGGGGCAAGAGUGUCUGCACGGUCCUGGAUGACAGUGAACAUGGAAAGAUCCUUUUGUACAAAAACCAUAUAAAAUUGGAAUCUUCCACACAUGCUUGCAAAAUAAAGUUGCUGUCCUUUGGUGAAAAGCAGUGUGUGUUCAUCAGUAAAGUUGUGGCACACGUGAGACCAAGCUCAGCACAUUCCUCACCAAGCUGUCCUAUGCUAGGAUCAAGGCUAGACCUUGACAACAUCCAAAGCAUAAUGGAGUCCAUGGGGUCAAAGUUGUCACCGGGAGCACAACAAUUGAUGGAUAUGAUUAGGUGUCAGCAGAAGGCUGUCCCUCAGAAGCUAUUGAAAGCAAGUUGCAUUCCCAUCAGAGAGCAGCUCCAGUCGGUGUUGGGAACCACCGGGUACAAGCACAUGGUUGCACUGCAGUUGCCGUCCGCUCCGGGAGCCUUAGACAAGUCGUCCUCCACGCCUUUUCCUUUCAGAAGUGUACUGACCUCUUCAAGCGCCACUGAAAACUCAAAGCCUUUCACUGAGGAAAGCACACAGCCACCUGGUGGCAAUGGGCAUACCACAAACCAGAGCCAACGUACAAUUGUGCCACCAAACCAUUCCCUUCUUGAAAAUGACCUUAAAAAUGCAGUGUCUUUCUUUCCAAAGAAAGCAAGUGACACCCCAGAGGUGCCCCACUCUGAGUUGCUGCCUUUUCUCCAGAAUUUGUGUAGUCAAGUCAACCAUCUUCGCAUAGGACAUAAUGCCAAGUGGCAGGAAAACAUCUCCAAGCCCCAAGAAGGCAUUGUCAGUGUUGCAAUGGAAGAACAACCUAUAUAUUCCUACUUGGAAAAGAUUCUUUCGAAAAAUAUGGAAUUGAUGGAAAAGAAACUUAUGGACUACAUUGACCAGAGAGUCUGUAAACUCCAGGAGCACAUGGAUGCUAAGAUUGAUUUGUUAAUGGGUAUGCUGCAAAAUCCCAGCUCCCCACCCCCGGGGAUGCCUCUAAUCCAUUAUGACUCCAGAGAAAAACUUUCCAAUGGAGAAAGAUAAGCUCUCAACAUACGUGGUGUGCUGCAAGAUAUUAUGAUAUAUUUAUUACAGAGCCAGAACCCAAAAAUGUUUAUGAAAAGCAAGUAUUUAAUGUCCUUUGAAGGAUCAGUGUCUUACAUGAGAUGACCUCAGUGCUAAUUUUUCUGCAUCUAUUAUAAAUCUAGUACUACAAGAAGAGUUAACACAAUAUGGUCGUAAGUUAUUUUGUUUGCAAUAUUUUUCAUUCUUAUAGAAAUGUUUGUAUACCUGUGUUGCUUAAGUGUUUAACAUGUUAAGGAUUUUUAACAUAAUUCAUUAGUUUGUAUUGUAUAUUGUAUAUGAGUUUGGAGUAAAUUUUUUAUUUAUACAACUACCUUAUAUAGUCUCAGGAGUAUAAAAAAUAAUGUCUCCAGUAUUUGAUAUUUUUUCUUUUUCUAAUUAUUUUUGGAAAAUUGGAAACUUGGAACUUUUAAUUGAGAUUCCCAAUUUACAUUUUAUAUUGUAUAUGUGAGAUGAUGAAUAAAAUGCAGUUUUAUUUGUCAUGUUAAAGGAGUUUACUGAGUUACUGAGGGCAGCAGUGCUGUUUGUUUCGUGACAGCGUAGCUCUAGAUAGGAAAGAGGUCACACCAUUUCACCAUUUCAGCUUCACUGCUUUGGAUUUGGUGUUUCAGGUAAAGCGGAAACAUUUGUCUUUCUCGAUCUCAACCCAAGACAAUGCAAGGCAGUUCUUUUCUUGAGCUAGUAUAAGUUUCUCUCUUCAGAGCCUGUUUAGUGUGUGACAUUCUAAGAAUCUGAAUUAAGGAUUAAGAUUAAUGAAGUAAGUCUCCAGCAGACCUGUUUUACUAUUGUAUAUGUGUUGAAGGGUGAUAUAUCUGCAUCUAAAAAUAAACCCAUCUGCUCUGAAACUUA